AUGUUUCGUCCUAGGCCCCAAUUUCUUUCUGCUUUGGCAUUGGCCAUCCCUGCGCACACGGCAGCUCUUCUGGCGAUGGUCUAUUCGCCUACAGAUUCACAUUUUCGGAUCGUUGCUAUGCUUCUGAUAGUGGUCCUCGUUCGACAGUGUCUCCUUUCAGUGGACGAGCCCUCCGAUAUAGGCGAAGUGUUCCGGCUCUACAUGUGCGGCUACAUACUUUACGCCCACGAAUUUUUGCUCCUGAAAAGACUCACUGUCCCGGCCUCCUCUUCGACCCCACAACGCCUCGUUGCGGGCCUGAGGCUUCUCUUCUCCCCAAGACUCCAUGUGCCUAAAAAGUCAAUUCCUCCAUUCGACGCCACGGAGCCGAACCAUGUGCCAACUCGCUGGCAAUUCCUUUGCCGACGGGCAACCAGCAUCGCUUGGAUGGCUACUGCUUACUACUGCGUCUUUCAUCGGUACCCCCUGCGGGUCCUCAUCACCGACUAUGCCCGACCGCGAGAGCAUCUCCUUGGGCGGUUGUCGCAAGUGAGUGGCCGUGAGGCAGUCGUGCGGGUGUACACGGCGUUCAAGGAGCAUUUCAGAAACUAUCUCCUGAUGUCCCUCGGCCACAGCACGAGCUCUCUCGUGGGAGUGUUCCUCUUUCAGGACGAUCCGGCCGACUGGCCACCAUUGUACGGAAGCUUGAAAGACGCAUACACGGUCCGGAGAUACUACAGUCACUUCUGGCACCGAGUCAUGCGAACUGCAUUCGUCUCCAAUGCCAAGUUCCUGUCGUUUCGCGUCCUGCGGAUCUCCCCUUCUGCCACCAUAUCCAGGUAUUUGGUUUCUGUGACCGCCCUUGCCAUUUCAGGUAUCAUGCACUCUGUGGCGUUUUCCACAUCGUGGAGAUGUGCAAGUCUUCGCCCGCUGUGGUAUUACCUGUCCAUCGCAGGCGCAAUUCUGGUCGAGGAUCUUGCACAACUAGGCUACCGCAGGACGAUAGCGUGGCUGUCCGGCAAGAGGACGACGCGUAAUGCGGACGAAAACGCCAUACAGGCCGUCAGCACGCUCCCAUUAUUACAUGACGCAAAAGGGGAACGUCUGGUCGAGUCAGAACGUUCUGGCCUGGGAUCCUCCCUCAAGGGUGCCAGACCAUCUCCUGGCUGGCGAUAUUUGGGGUACCUAUGGGUCAUAUGUUUCGAAUGCUGGGCGAUCCCAAGGGCGGUCUAUCCACAGAUGAUCUGUCGAUGGCAAGAGCGAUAUCUGGCAUUACAUCCCGACGAGACUCUUUAA